AUGCCUACAACAUCAUCCAUCAAUCAUAAUAUACCUAUAACCUACAAUACUAUCAAUCCCAAUACGUUGGCCAGUGUCACAGAGUAUACAGAGAAUCUUAGACACUCACAUUGGGACAAACCAAACUUUGAGAAUAAUUAUGAAGAGCCAACGUCAAACUAUGAGGAGAAGCGAGUGACUCGUCCAUUGUCAGCUUCCGCUCCCGUAUUUACCAAGUCCAAGAGGAAGAGAUUGGUCCGGUUCUUCACACUGAGUCGCGAGAUGAUCCGUAUCAAGCUGAACCUGAAGCGAGAGUCCUACAUUGCCAUAAUGCCCACAGAGAUCCUAGUCAACAUUGUUGGUUUCCUCGACCACACCGACAUCUGGAACGUCAUGCUGGUGUGCCGCGAGUGGAUGGCCGUGGCCCAAGACGAGUUCCUCUGGAAACUGGCCUACCAGAACUACUUUGUCCACAUGAUAAACCGGGAGAACUUUGCCUCGCAGCGCAAGGCCGCCAAUCUCGACCUCCACUGGCGAGAGAUAUUCAUGCGCGAGUAUACCAAGGAGAUGAAGUGGAGCAGUGACAUAUACAAGGAAGCCUACCUCUACGGCCACACAGGAAACGUCUGGUCGCUGGCCUUUGAUGACCAGAGUGGCAAUGUGUUCUCUGGCAGCUUCGACAAGACCGUCAAGAUGUGGGACAUCAAGAAGAGGAAGUGUAUUUACACCUUUGUCGGCCACACAUACCCCGUGCAGAGCUUGGACGUCCAGGACGACCAUAUGGUCACCGGCUCACUAGACAACAGUCUCCGUCUGUGGGACCUCAAGAAGAAGUGCUGCAAGAGCAUCCUGUCAAAGAAGGCGCAUCACUUUGACGUGUACUGUCUCCAGAUGCUAGACGACUCCAAGCUGGUGUCUGGAUCGUCCGACUCGACUAUCAAGCUAUGGAACCUGCAAGACGAGAUGCAAUCCGAUGACACCCUCCAAGACCGCCAGGACCGCGGCGAGCAGCAGGUCAACAUGACACCCAUGCACACGUUCAAACACGAAUCCUGCGUCACCUGUCUACAGGUGCGAGGCAAUGUGAUGAUGAGCGGUGGCUCGGACAAGGUGGUUCGCGCAUGGGACCUCAACGAGAUGAAACAGACCAACGUGCUCAGUGGCCACCACGAGGGAAUCAAGUGCCUGCAGUUCGAGGACAACGUCGUGGUGACGGGCGCCAACGACUCCACCGUGCGUCUAUGGGACCUUCGCUCCAACUCCAAGAAUGGCGCGUUCACAACACUUCGCGUCAAUGGCUCCGUUCGCAGUCUACAAUGGGAGGGCACGAGCCUCAUCACCGGAUCAACAGACCAAACCGUUCGCUGGUGGAACCUGAACACCAACUCCACGAUCGACCUAUUCGAAGCCGAGUCCAGUAUCUCCUGUCUGCGAUUCAAAGACAACCUAUUGCUGUGUGGACUAGGUGACUCCAAGAUCCAAAUGACCAAGUUUGUCUGA